AUGGAGACCGUCUCACAAAGCGAAAACCUUAGCCGCUGUAUCCUCGCCGUUCUAUUGACUUGGAUUUUCACAGAGGACAAUGCCUUUGACUUGUCAUGCCGGCCAGCAUUCGGAGUCAUCACGCCUUGGAAUAUAACCCAGACCCAAAUGUUUAUCAAUGCGCACUUUGCCGGCCGAAACCUGCGCUGGGUUGAAGUCUGGCAGCAAGCCUAUCACCUGGGCAAGCUUCUCGAGGAUGCCGGGUAUGAGAAUAGCGACAGCAAGUUAUGGACUAUACAUUUCAACUGGCUGAUGAAUGCGGCCAUUAUCUACCUUUGUGCAGUUUCGCGAACCGUCACAAGAGACUUCCACCGCCCUCGGGCUUUGCCAGUGGAGGUAAUGACCCGGUUCAUUGGUCGACUCUUCAAUAUCCCAUUCACCAUCCAGGACCUUGAGUACUACAUCACCCACUGGGUCACCGUGCUCUCUGGCUGCGCUGGGAAAGUGCAGGCCAACCCGAACGCCUCUGCUGCUAAAUUGGAGUGGACCAUGGCCAAGUAUUUAACGGUGCCAUUGUCUCCUUUGAUGCCGAAUAUCUCACGACAACUGUGUGGCCCUUACAGGCGCUUUCAUGAAGAGGUAGUGCAGUGGUACCCACCUCGUGUGUGGAGGAAUCGCCUCACACCCAUGUCGCCAUACCAGACGAGUAGCACGGACAUCGUCUUUAACCUCGACGCAUAUACCAGCGACCACGACCUCCCUUGCGGUCUACGCGUGAGACAAUUUGUACCCCGGAGAAACGAGCGACGUGACCUGCCCGUCCUCGUGUGGUUCGCUGGCGGUGGAUGGAUGCUGGGAGACAUUUCGGGCGACAAUAAUGUACUCAGUCACAUUGCGGUCGGUACUGAUUCCCCUGUGGAUUGUGGAUGUCGGGUUUUCAGCGGUGCUUAUCGCCGUCGCGAGUUUCCUAUUCCGCAUGAUGACGCCUUGGUGAUAGCAGACUGGGUCCGGAAUCGAGUGGGUAGGCGAAACAUAAUUAUUGCUGGUGUAUCAUCGGGCGGAAACCUCGCUGCGGCCACAGCGUUGACAUGGUCAGCGCAGGGACGCCCUCCCGCCGGACUGCUCCUCAUUGCUCCCAGCCUGGAUAACACGUGGGACUGUGAAGGACGAUGGCGGGAAAACUGGGACGCUCCCUGGCUGACUCCCGCAACGAUGCGAUUCUUCCAGAACCGGUGCUUUCAGGGACCUGGAGACAGGUCCAAGGAGAAUUGGAGGGCGAGCCCAAUCUACGCCAACCAGAGGAUAAUCGAUGCUGCCCGAGCCUUCCCGACAAAGGUUGUGGCUAUGGGCGGAGAUAUCCUGUGUCAAGAAAGCAUAGAUUUUGUGGCGCGCUUGGAGGCGGCCAGAUGUCCGACGACUCUGAGCAUCUUUCCCUAUGGUCAUACGGGCUUGUUGAUGCAGGGUAUUGUGGGAACGGCUCUGAUCGAAGAGAUGAUUCAGUGGAUCAAGCGGCGAACAAAAAGUCCUGCCAGCGGGGUCUCCCAAUCCUGGUGA